AUGGACCCGGGAAAAGAGACCAGAACCGAGAGCGGCCGGGGGCAAGGCGAGCGGCGCGAGAGAGGAGGCGCCGGAAGCGGACGCCGAGGGAAAAGGGAGGACCAGGGGAAGGGCGCGAGAGCGGCCGGGGGCAAGGGCGAGCGGCGCGAGAGAGGAGGCGCCGGAAGCGGACCGCCGAGGGAAAAGGGAGGACCAGGGAAGGGCGCGAGAGCGGCCGGGGGCAAGGGCGAGCGGCGCGAGAGAGGAGGCGCCGGAAGCGGACGCCGAGGGAAAAGGGAGGACCAGGGGAAGGGCGCGAGAGCGGCCGGGGGCAAGGGCGAGCGGCGCGAGAGAGGAGGCGCCGAAGCGGACAGCCGAGGGAAAAGGGAGGACCAGGGAAGGGCGCGAGAGCGGCCGGGGGCAAGGGCGAGCGGCGCGAGAGAGGAGGCGCCGGAAGCGGACAGCCGAGGGAAAAGGGAGGACCAGGGGAAGGGCGAGAGCGGCGGGGGCAAGGGCGAGCGGCGCGAGAGAGGAGGGCCGGAAGCGGACGCCGAGGGAAAAGGGAGGACCAGGGGAAGGGCGCGAGAGCGGCCGGGGGGCAAGGGCGAGCGGCGCGAGAGGAGGCGCCGGAAGCGGACGCCGAGGGAAAAGGGAGGACCAGGGGAAGGGCGCGAGAGCGGCCGGGGGCAAGGGCGAGCGGCGCGAGAGAGGAGGCGCCGGAAGCGGACGCCGAGGGAAAAGGGAGGACCAGGGGAAGGGCGCGAGAGCGGCCGGGGGCAAGGGCGAGCGGCGCGAGAGAGGAGGCGCCGGAAGCGGACAGCCGAGGGAAAAGGGAGGACCAGGGGAAGGGCGAGAGCGGCCGGGGGCAAGGGCGAGCGGCGCGAGAGAGGAGGGCCGGAAGCGGACGCCGAGGGAAAAGGGAGGACCAGGGGAAGGGCGCGAGAGCGGCCGGGGGCAAGGGCGAGCGGCGCGAGAGAGGAGGCGCCGGAAGCGGACAGCCGAGGGAAAAGGGAGGACCAGGGGAAGGGCGCGAGAGCGGCCGGGGGCAAGGGCGAGCGGCGCGAGAGAGGAGGCGCCGGAAGCGGACGCCGAGGGAAAAGGGAGGACCAGGGGAAGGGCGCGAGAGCGGCCGGGGGCAAGGGCGAGCGGCGCGAGAGAGGAGGCGCCGGAAGCGGACAGCCGAGGGAAAAGGGAGGACCAGGGGAAGGGCGCGAGAGCGGCCGGGGGCAAGGGCGAGCGGCGCGAGAGAGGAGGGCCGGAAGCGGACAGCCGAGGGAAAAGGGAGGACCAGGGGAAGGGCGCGAGAGCGGCCGGGGGCAAGGGCGAGCGGCGCGAGAGAGGAGGCGCCGGAAGCGGACAGCCGAGGGAAAAGGGAGGACCAGGGGAAGGGCGCGAGAGCGGCCGGGGGCAAGGGCGAGCGGCGCGAGAGAGGAGGCGCCGGAAGCGGACAGCCGAGGGAAAAGGGAGGACCAGGGGAAGGGCGCGAGAGCGGCCGGGGGGCAAGGGCGAGCGGCGCGAGAGAGGAGGCGCCGGAAGCGGACAGCCGAGGGAAAAGGGAGGACCAGGGGAAGGGCGCGAGAGCGGCCGGGGGCAAGGGCGAGCGGCGCGAGAGGAGGGCCGGAAGCGGACGCCGAGGGAAAAGGGAGGACCAGGGGAAGGGCGCGAGAGCGGCCGGGGGCAAGGGCGAGCGGCGCGAGAGAGGAGGCGCCGGAAGCGGACAGCCGAGGGAAAAGGGAGGACCAGGGGAAGGGCGCGAGAGCGGCCGGGGGCAAGGGCGAGCGGCGCGAGAGAGGAGGCGCCGGAAGCGGACGCCGAGGGAAAAGGGAGGACCAGGGGAAGGGCGCGAGAGCGGCCGGGGGCAAGGGCGAGCGGCGCGAGAGAGGAGGCGCCGGAAGCGGACGCCGAGGGAAAAGGGAGGACCAGGGGAAGGGCGCGAGAGCGGCCGGGGGCAAGGGCGAGCGGCGCGAGAGAGGAGGCGCCGGAAGCGGACAGCCGAGGGAAAAGGGAGGACCAGGGGAAGGGCGCGAGAGCGGCCGGGGGCAAGGGCGAGCGGCGCGAGAGAGGAGGGCCGGAAGCGGACAGCCGAGGGAAAAGGGAGGACCAGGGGAAGGGCGCGAGAGCGGCCGGGGGCAAGGGCGAGCGGCGCGAGAGAGGAGGCGCCGGAAGCGGACAGCCGAGGGAAAAGGGAGGACCAGGGGAAGGGCGCGAGAGCGGCCGGGGGCAAGGGCGAGCGGCGCGAGAGAGGAGGCGCCGGAAGCGGACGCCGAGGGAAAAGGGAGGACCAGGGGAAGGGCGCGAGAGCGGCCGGGGGCAAGGGCGAGCGGCGCGAGAGAGGAGGCGCCGAAGCGGACAGCCGAGGGAAAAGGGAGGACCAGGGGAAGGGCGCGAGAGCGGCCGGGGGGCAAGGGCGAGCGGCGCGAGAGAGGAGGCGCCGGAAGCGGACAGCCGAGGGAAAAGGGAGGACCAGGGGAAGGGCGCGAGAGCGGCCGGGGGCAAGGGCGAGCGGCGCGAGAGAGGAGGCGCCGGAAGCGGACAGCCGAGGGAAAAGGGAGGACCAGGGGAAGGGCGCGAGAGCGGCCGGGGGCAAGGGCGAGCGGCGCGAGAGAGGAGGGCCGGAAGCGGACAGCCGAGGGAAAAGGGAGGACCAGGGAAGGGCGCGAGAGCGGCCGGGGGCAAGGGCGAGCGGCGCGAGAGAGGAGGGCCGGAAGCGGACAGCCGAGGGAAAAGGGAGGACCAGGGGAAGGGCGCGAGAGCGGCCGGGGGCAAGGGCGAGCGGCGCGAGAGAGGAGGGCCGGAAGCGGACAGCCGAGGGAAAAGGGAGGACCAGGGGAAGGGCGCGAGAGCGGCCGGGGGCAAGGGCGAGCGGCGCGAGAGAGGAGGCGCCGGAAGCGGACAGCCGAGGGAAAAGGGAGGACCAGGGGAAGGGCGCGAGAGCGGCCGGGGGCAAGGGCGAGCGGCGCGAGAGAGGAGGCGCCGGAAGCGGACAGCCGAGGGAAAAGGGAGGACCAGGGGAAGGGCGCGAGAGCGGCCGGGGGCAAGGGCGAGCGGCGCGAGAGAGGAGGCGCCGGAAGCGGACAGCCGAGGGAAAAGGGAGGACCAGGGGAAGGGCGCGAGAGCGGCCGGGGGCAAGGGCGAGCGGCGCGAGAGAGGAGGCGCCGGAAGCGGACAGCCGAGGGAAAAGGGAGGACCAGGGGAAGGGCGCGAGAGCGGCCGGGGGCAAGGGCGAGCGGCGCGAGAGAGGAGGCGCCGGAAGCGGACGCCGAGGGAAAAGGGAGGACCAGGGGAAGGGCGCGAGAGCGGCCGGGGGCAAGGGCGAGCGGCGCGAGAGAGGAGGCGCCGGAAGCGGACGCCGAGGGAAAAGGGAGGACCAGGGGAAGGGCGCGAGAGCGGCCGGGGGCAAGGGCGAGCGGCGCGAGAGAGGAGGCGCCGGAAGCGGACGCCGAGGGAAAAGGGAGGACCAGGGGAAGGGCGCGAGAGCGGCCGGGGGCAAGGGCGAGCGGCGCGAGAGAGGAGGCGCCGGAAGCGGACAGCCGAGGGAAAAGGGAGGACCAGGGGAAGGGCGCGAGAGCGGCCGGGGGCAAGGGCGAGCGGCGCGAGAGAGGAGGCGCCGGAAGCGGACAGCCGAGGGAAAAGGGAGGACCAGGGGAAGGGCGCGAGAGCGGCCGGGGGCAAGGGCGAGCGGCGCGAGAGAGGAGGGCCGGAAGCGGACGCCGAGGGAAAAGGGAGGACCAGGGGAAGGGCGCGAGAGCGGCCGGGGGCAAGGGCGAGCGGCGCGAGAGAGGAGGCGCCGGAAGCGGACAGCCGAGGGAAAAGGGAGGACCAGGGGAAGGGCGCGAGAGCGGCCGGGGGCAAGGGCGAGCGGCGCGAGAGAGGAGGCGCCGGAAGCGGACAGCCGAGGGAAAAGGGAGGACCAGGGGAAGGGCGCGAGAGCGGCCGGGGGCAAGGGCGAGCGGCGCGAGAGAGGAGGGCCGGAAGCGGACAGCCGAGGGAAAAGGGAGGACCAGGGGAAGGGCGCGAGAGCGGCCGGGGGCAAGGGCGAGCGGCGCGAGAGAGGAGGCGCCGGAAGCGGACAGCCGAGGGAAAAGGGAGGACCAGGGGAAGGGCGCGAGAGCGGCCGGGGGCAAGGGCGAGCGGCGCGAGAGAGGAGGCGCCGGAAGCGGACAGCCGAGGGAAAAGGGAGGACCAGGGGAAGGGCGCGAGAGCGGCCGGGGGCAAGGGCGAGCGGCGCGAGAGAGGAGGCGCCGGAAGCGGACGCCGAGGGAAAAGGGAGGACCAGGGGAAGGGCGCGAGAGCGGCCGGGGGCAAGGGCGAGCGGCGCGAGAGAGGAGGCGCCGGAAGCGGACGCCGAGGGAAAAGGGAGGACCAGGGGAAGGGCGCGAGAGCGGCCGGGGGCAAGGGCGAGCGGCGCGAGAGAGGAGGCGCCGGAAGCGGACGCCGAGGGAAAAGGGAGGACCAGGGGAAGGGCGCGAGAGCGGCCGGGGGCAAGGGCGAGCGGCGCGAGAGAGGAGGCGCCGGAAGCGGACAGCCGAGGGAAAAGGGAGGACCAGGGGAAGGGCGCGAGAGCGGCCGGGGGGCAAGGGCGAGCGGCGCGAGAGAGGAGGCGCCGGAAGCGGACCGCCGAGGGAAAAGGGAGGACCAGGGGAAGGGCGCGAGAGCGGCCGGGG